UGUAUUUUCACCGCAUACGGAGCUGUGAGAAAAUUUUCACCGUCGGCCAUUUUCUUGUUUCGUCACCGUCGUCGAUCGCUCUAAAUUUGCAGCAUGGAAACCGCGAAAAAGGAUGGAUUUUUCCAAAAAUACUGCGAAUCGCUGCGGAAAAGUAUCACCCAGAACGAGUUUAAUGAUUUUGCCCAGCUGGAUAGCGGCGAAAAGCGGUUCAACUUCAUAAAUGGGCUCAAAUCGAUCGUGACUGAGCUGAAGCUGGCACGUGAGUUCAAUGGGAAGAGUUUGGAGCGAUCGCUGGACUUGAAAAACCUCGGAAAUAAGUCGUUCCAGAAGGAAAGCUGGAAUGAAGCUUUGGCUUAUUACAACCUGUGCUAUAUGGCCACUCCGGAGAGUAAUGAAUCGGAAAAGGCCAUCAUUUUGGCUAACAGAUCGGCAGCCUUGUACCACAUGGAAAAGUACGAUCUUGCCCUGAAGGACAUCCAGCGUGCAAUCCGCCUCCAAUACCCCAAAGAACUGAUGUACAAGCUCACGGAACGCAAGGCCCGUUGCUAUCUGGGAAAGAAGGAUCACGUGAAGGCGCUGGAAUGCUUCAAGGAAACCUUACCGGCUCUCGACAACUGCAAGCUUCCGCUGGAGCGUCGUCAGAAGCUCGAACGCGAUGCCCAAAUCAUGAUCAACUUGCUGCCGAAGAACAUCGAAGCCGAGAAGAAACUGGCCAAGGGCCGCAAGCCAGUCCCAGCGGAACCCAAAAAGCCAGCCGUUCCGGAGUUCUACGCCGAAAAGGGACUCUACUUUGACUACAGUAGCGAAGAGGGACGCUUUGCGAAGACGAACGUAGACUUGAAGCCGAACACGAUCGUACUGGUGGAGAAGCCUCACGUAUCCGUACUGCUUGAGGAAUACAGCAAAACUCACUGCAGCACGUGCUUCAAGCGAGUUUCGGUUCCGGUUUGCUGUCCAAAGUGCUCGGACGUCGUGUUUUGUUCGGAGGACUGCGAGAGUUCCGCGAAUAGUGGCUACCACAAGUACGAGUGUGGAUUUCUGCCGAUCUUCUGGAAGUCCGGAGCCUCGAUCACCUGUCACAUGGCGCUACGGAUCAUCACGCAGCAGUCGGAGGAGUACUUUUUGCAACUUAGACCGGAACUGGAUGGGUUGACCAGUGAGCAGACGGAUAAGUUGAAACAUGACGACUACAGGAAGAUUUACAAGCUGGUAACUCACGAGGAGACUCGAUCUGCCGAGGACUUUUUCCAGCGUACGCUGAUGGCUACCUUGCUGAACGCUUGCCUUACGCUUGGUGGAUUCUACAAAACCAAAGAAGCCGAAAGCUUCAUCGGCGGACUCUUGCUGCACAACCUGCAACUUUUGCAAUUCAACGCUCACGAAAUCUCCGAACUGCAACGCGAAGACGACCGUGACGUUGGCAAGUCAGUGUUCAUCGGCGGAGGUCUCUACCCAACGUUGGCCUUAUUUAAUCAUUCGUGCGAACCCGGAGUUACCCGGUACUACAAAGGAAACUCGGUCUGCGUUCGAUCUGUCCGGAGCAUCGCAGCCGGUUCAAUGAUCGGUGAGAACUACGGUCCAAUGUUUACGCAGACGCCACGUGAGGAACGUCGCGCAACCCUCCUGAACCAAUACCGUUUCAGCUGCAACUGUCGCGCUUGUUCCGAGAAUUGGCCGCUCUUCUCGGAAAUGGACGACACUGUGUUGCGUUUCAAGUGCGAUGGCGGGAAGAUUUGCUCCAACGUGCUGUUGAUUCCGAGUGAAAUCAACGAAUUCAUGAUCAAAUGCACGGAUUGCGGCGAACAUACCAACAUUAUGAAGGGAUUGAAGCUGUUGCAGGAUACCGAGACUAUGUUCAAGCUGGCUACCAAGAUGCACAGCGCCGGAGAAAUUGAGGCCGCACUGUACAAGUACGUAGAAGAGAUGAACACUUUGGAUGAGGUGUUGGUGCCCCCGUAUCGGGACUACCAUCUGUGUCAGCAAGGUUUGCGCAGCUGCAUGUUGGAAUAUGGAAAUCGCUACGUGAAAUUUGUUACCAAGAAGUGAGUUUGUGUCAAUAAACGUUUUUUUCAUGAAAUUUAUAAAA